CAAACCUAGAAAUUUCCACCUCUCUCUUUCAGCUGCCUGCUGCCAUUCUCUCAAGCCACACGCCUGCUUUCACUACACACUACAACUUUUCUUUUAACUCUCUCUUCGCUCCUUUGACAUCAUCUACCUUACCUAUUCGCGCCAGACAACCUCAUUCAACAACUGCUUCGUCCCUUUGCAACGAGCCUCUUUUGCGCCUCGUUUUUUUCCCGUCCUUGUACAACACAAACAAACGACUUCGAUACCCAGGCUGUAAAUCGCCUCUCAACAGACCAAAAAACCACACAAUCACCUUUUAUUCCCUCUACGUCGUCACAUCCAAACCAUGGCAUCAAUCCUAGGCCAAAUCAUCCCCCUCGUCAUCGCCAUCGCCCUCCUCAGCGGCACCGCCUGGGUCCUCUACCAGAUCUACCUCUCCCUCGCCGUGAUGCGCGACUCCGCCUCCGAGCGCAUGGGCCGCAGCAACGUCGUCUUCACAAAGGACGGCGUCCGCGUCGGCGUCCGGGCCAUGCAGAACGAAAAGUACGUCGACAAGACGCAGAGCUACGUCGUCAAGGCGUGGAACUUGGGCACCGCGCAGAGGGACGAGGAAAUGAAACGAAAAGGCUCGAAAUAAUGAAGCCGAGGAGG